GUGAGGAACCCGGCACCGGCAGUCUCCGCUGGUACACCGAGCUGUGUGUUACCGUUCCUCGCCUGCUUGGUUAUCACGUUUCUCGCCCGUAAUCAGCGUCGACGCGCGUCCAGAUCCCGACACCCAGAAAGAGAGAGAGAGAGAGAAAGAGAUCCCGUCGUCGCGUACUCGUCGCGUCAUACGCGCGCGCCACCCCCUUCUACACAUAUGUACAUAUAGAACUUUUGAGGAGAAAGAGAGGGAGUGAUAUACACACUGGUGACCCAGCACGCGCCGCCAACCCCUUUCGACACGCAUACGCGUACCUUCGCAAAAUCGUGCGAAUCGGAUCCGAGGGAUACAAAGGUGUUCGAGCUUGGAAUCAGUGCGAGGACGCGAGUAAACAGGCACGCGGCGGCAGUCAGUGAAUUAAAGAAAACAGGGUUUAAAGGGACUGUGUAAGCAGGUGCACACUGUCUACGUACCCUCACCCGGAGUAACGCCGAGAGAGGAGUAACACGUGCAGGAGAACACGGCACGCGAAGAAGGAGACAGUACCGGGCAAACAGACCGGGCAUUGAUUCCAGGCUGGCAACUAAGCAAAACGACGCAAGGAGAACCGGGGAGAAGUGUGGAUAACGGUCCGAGGGUGCUACGGAAGUGAUCUUCCCCUGACAUCGGUCGAUGCUUUUCGUGCUCCGGAGACGAGAAUAGUGUUCGCUGGCAAGAGACACUGUGAUCAACGCGAGGCAACAGUGAAACAUCCAUCGAAUCCGGAAGCCGCACGCCACAGUCGACUCUCGUGUCGUCUAGUGGCGCAUUCGACGAGCUAGCCGCCUGAAGGCGUUGGCGGCAAGACGGCCGAUCGUGCGAACGUGCUGAGUACUAUUCCGCUGCUGCGAGGAUCAGCAACAGCCCGAAAAUUCAUCCAGCGAAGGCCAAGAUGCACAUCGAGGUGCAGGUGGCGCUUAACUUCGUGAUAUCGUAUCUGUACAACAAGCUGCCGCGUAGGCGGGUGAAUAUCUUCGGCGAGGAGCUCGAGAAAGCGCUCAAAGACAAGUUCAAGGGUCACUGGUACCCGGAGAAACCGUUCAAGGGAUCUGGGUUCAGAUGCCUGAAGACCGGCGAUCCCGUGGAUCCGGUGUUGGAGCGGGCCGCAAAGGAGAGCGGCGUGCCCAUUCAGGACAUCCUCGAGAAUCUACCAGCGGAAUUGGCCGUCUGGGUCGAUCCAGGUGAGGUGAGCUACCGCAUCGGCGAGGUGAACGCGGUGAAGAUCCUCUACUCCGAGAAAGGAGAUCCCCACGACGAGAGCUCGGCCGAUCGCGAGGUGACCAAGACCUUCAAUCCGGAAGCUCAAUGCUUCAGGCCCAUCGAGGCCGUGGGUACGUCUCUGGGCGGAUUGAGUCUCAGCCCUAAGUCCACGUCGCCGUUCUCGAGCUCGUUGGGGAGCAACGCUAGCAACGGGUCGUCGAACAACCAGCAGAACGGCCACGGUUCCGGUUCGCCCUCAGCUCCGUCGCCGACACCUAUCGCUAGCUCGUUCAAAGGUUCGCCCACCCCUGUACCGGCUUUCAUCCCUCGAACAACGGCACCGCUCACGUUCACCACCGCCACCUUCGCCCAGACGAAGUUUGGUAGCACCAAACUGAAGACCAGCAGCAAACGAGCGAACAGAAUGUCCCCCACCGAGUUCUCGAACUACAUCAAGCAGCGCGCGAUGCAGCAACAGAUCCAUCAUCACCACCACCACCAGCAGCACCAACAGCAGCAGCAACAGCAGCAGCAACAGCAACAACAGCAGCAGCAGCAACAACAAGCAGCAGCAGGUGGUUUGCCCGUGUCGCAGAGUUCACCUCGCAGUCGUAGCCUCUCACCCGGGAGCAUAGUAGCCGGACAGCAGCACACGGAUCCCUCGGCUUACUUCUUCCAGCACGGACCGGCCGCGUAUCAUCCUCAGUUCCCUCACCGCAACAUCUUCGAUUCGUCCAGUCACGGCGGUUACCUGUCCGCCGAUCUUUACACAGGCGCGAACUUCCCGUCGUCCUACCUCGAUCCGACGACGAUCGCCGGACAUCAGUUCUACGGUAGUAGCGUUAGCGGAACUGGUAACGCGGCGGGCAGCACCGCAGGAAACUCGCAAACCGCUGGAAUCCUCCGCCCCGUCGGAACUGCGGCGACGAACAGCAACGUGAACGGCACCGGUCAGCAGCAAGAUAAGACCGCGCUCGUCGAAGGUCUGAACAACUUCGGCCUCGGCUCGGUAGCGCCAUAUCCAGCCAGCCAAUACCAGCACCUCCUCGUGGCUAACUAAUACCCCGCGCGAGCUGAGACCGAGCGAUUGGCGCGGCUCGAGUCGCGCCUGAUCCUCUGCUGCUUCGCCGGAAACGACAGGGCAGGACGCGAGGAUCCGCUUAGAGAAGACCGGGUCGUUUCAUCAUGACGACGUUCCAAAUCUCUACGGCGUGUAAAACGAGACCAGAGUCGUCCAGAUCGUUUUAAGUUCCGUCGCCCCCAUCGACGUGUUUUACAUCCGGAUUCCGCUUGCACCGUCAUCCCCGAUUCGGCACGGGGGUUCCCGCUCACCCAAAUAGUUCCCACUCUGUCUCUCUCCGGCAAAACCAUGCUACUGAGCAGAAGUCGUUACGACAGCUACAUAAUCAACCUCCUGGUUCGGUUAUACAGUCCUUACAGCCGACGGGGAGCGAUCAACACUCAUCGAAUCCUGUUUUCUCGUUCGAUCAGAUCGCGGAGGCAAGGUUUUCGCGCGAUACCUUCUUGAACGAUGACACAAUUCGUCCAUCGACACAUGGUCUUCGUGUAUACCACACAGAGAACAGGGAGAGGGAAUGAGAAUGGAGACGCCUUCGGCAGGAAGGAUCUAAUCAGCACCGAGAGGAACAGACAUCAGGUCGACGCACGCUGGCUCAACAGGAGGAACAGUGCGAGGAGAUGGAAAUGAGAGAGCGAGAUUGUAUAGAAUGGAGCAUAUGUACGGGAAUAGACGGAUUUCGGUGCGGAUGUGUGCUAAAGCGUGCGUGCAAGACGUUCGGAGAAGAAGAGAAGAGGACUCGACGCGAACUCUGCGUUCUAUCGACGCGACGUAACGUACAUAGAGUCGCGUGUACCUAACGUUUUAUCAUCGGAAACCAACACGGACAACCGAUCGCGAUGGCGUACGUUCGACGAAAAUGCUGUUCUCUCAUGUUUCACCCGUCGGAUCAGAUAUAUCGAUAGAGAGAACGUUGCGUUCUUUGUAUGUACAGAGAGACCAAAUCGCGGAUUCGGUUCGAAUUCGGUUCGGGGUAUGAAAGAGAUAAAUAGAAGAACGUCGAACGGUGCGCCGUGCGUUCGCAUCUGGGACAGAGAACGAGCCAAGAGACAUACACAGAUACACGUGUACAAUACGUAUAUAAUGUACGUAAUAUAAAAUUCCACACAGGUCGGAUUCAACCGGACACACUCACUCCCAUCAGUUUUACCUGGCAACACCACGUACACACACGUUAAGCGCAUAUACAUUUGUCACUCUUCAGCGGGUGGGUAUAUACACACACGUGCAUACAUCCAGACACACGAACACACGCGCAUAAAAAGAGACAUUGACACACGCGUCCAAGGGAAGAGGGAAGGAGGGUAUGACACACACAGGAGGGCGGAGUGUGCGGACACUUAAAUAUCGCGCACGACUUCACCAACACGUACACAACAGAUAUUACCAAUGCGUAAUACAUAAUUUAUUUUUUCACUGGUAUAGUCGGAGAAUUGAUAAUGAAUAUAUCUGUAGAGCCUAUGUAUUAUAUUCAAGAUAUGCACUCACUUCGCGAGUUGUCGCGCGACGGUGUGAGGCACCGACCUGCUACCGAUCUGUCGGACCGUCGCCGAACGAACACCUGGGGUUUACAGGUGGAAUCGCUGUAGCGUCGCUAAUAUUUGAAUCAUGCGUGUUCUGAAAAACAUUUGGACGCACGGGUAUUAUGUGUUCUGGGAUCAUCUUAUAUAUCAUGAUUGUCGUGAGAAUUAAAAAUUAACGAUUGUUAAUAACUUCUUAUGACAAUCGGUGUAUAUAUCAAUCUGUGUAUCUUUGUUGAUGCGCUGAAGCGACUCCAUCUAUACUUUUUUUCCCGGUUCUUGUAACGAAACUAAAGAACAGAGAGAAGACACUGGAGGAGAUGUGGAAAAAUCCUGACAGAGGAAACAUCUAUCAGUGGAAACCAGAGAUUCCUUCUCGCACGAGUCACAGACGGUGGUACACGGUUCCGCACGCCGUUCGGAGAACUCGUCCUCGGUACGAUUUUACAUUUUAUUUUUAUAAUAAAUGCAGUAGAACGUAGAAGAGAAAAAAAUAAACCGUGAAAAAAACGCGAAGCAAAAGGAGAGGAGAAGGGAGUAUACAGAUGAGGGAAGAAGACGAUUCGGGGAAUGGCGUGUUCGCAUCGAGCGUACGGUGACGCGGCCGCAUUGCCAAAACCACGCGUUUCCAGCUUCGCGCGUUAAUAUCUUCGGACGUUUCCUUUCGACGCGAUACCUACCCUCGGCACGUGACGUCCACUGGACGUCGCCGGAUUCGCAGUGAGACAUUCUCCUGGAGUCCAAGUUCACGGCUCAUCCGGCGACAGUUAGCGAAAGUUUUCUAAUUCCGCGUUAUCGAGCUACAAGCUCAUCGUAACGCGGUGCUAACUAUUAUUCGAAACUUGAACUUUCUACAAAAUCAAUAUAGACACAAGAAUUCAAUUUUCUAAUGUCAGUACGAAUGUUUGUUAAACUCAUUUCGGGUGACAUCGUGUAUUCGUCAGUUUCUCACACAUUUCCAAAUGAACUUCAAUUGCAUUUUGGAGCGAUUUUAUAUUAUUAUUAAUUAUAAUUAUCGAUUCGCGGAGCCACGAUGUCUGGGCAACGUUUCGAGGAUGAAGGGUGCGUCGGAACGGAAACAAGGUCGUGUUGGAAGGGAUCGUGGGGCAGGUAGGCUGGCCGAUUCGCGUUCGCGAGAUUAAUUAGGUGAUCACGUUAUUAAAGGCCACUGUUACUGUCCUCGACAGCCGCGCUGCGAACCGUGAUGCUCGACCCUCGUACACGCUCCCGAGCACUGAUCCGCUUACGAAGCUCUUUGCCACGAGCGAUGAAGGUAGGAUUCAAUUUCGUGAGAAACUUGCUCUUUUCUAUGUCACAGUUAAAUUGUGAUUUUUAACUUGAUGCGAAUCGUGAUUUUUAAUUUUAUACAGUAUGAUGAAACAGAUGAUGAUCAUUGAUUGAUGGCGAACGUUUAGUUAGAUUUUUAAUAAAUGACGAUCAAUGAUGUAUAGAAAUUGAUAAGCAGGCAAAAGUUCUGAACUACGUCGUUCGGGCAAAGGCUUUAAAAGGUCGUACUUUCGGUUGAGCAUGGUGAAUCAGAAUUCCUUGAUGUUUGACCACCACGACGUUCGAGUCACGGUCGGCUUCGUCCGUCGAGAAACGUGAAUAAGAAAGGACAAACGUAACGGGACAGUAACGGUGGCGUAGGUGCCGCGAGCUGCGGGCCGGGCACUAGGUGCUAAAAGUAUUAAAACAAAGUGUUUAAUCUUGUCAUCGUGGGACAAACGUACGGUGUACGCGCGGUCAGGGAGUGUCGACGAGCUCGCUAGCUAGCCGUCACUUUAGCUAGCAACGAGUGACCGAGAGGAAAGGGAUCGUGUGUUUUUGAUCGGUUGAUCCGGCCGCGUUCAGCCGCGUCUACUUUCUCAACUAGUUUCGAAACGUUAGCGUGACUUUGAUAUCAUGUAAGUAAGUGUAUAAGUAGCAUAAUUUUUAGGCGUGACUUUUUCGUCGUUCUUUCGUACGGAUUUUUAUAUAGCCAAUUUUGUAUAACGAUCGACGCCGAGCGAGCGGGCUCUCAGGCUCUGCGCUGCGGGAAGCGUUUCAGGCUGGAACGCUAGCUCGUUGAUCGACCAGCUUCACCGAAUCUUACAUAACGAUUCGUUCUUCGUCUCGCAAAGUAUCGCGAAAUUUCAACGGGACUUACUUUACGAAGAGGACAAAAUUCGUUGAAAACAGUUGUCUAGAUGACACGGAUGCUUAGAUGAAUAAAAAUUUCUUUCGCGAAGAAGACGAAGUUAACUCUUCGGGAUUAGUUAAUUCUAUUUAAAACAUUGUAGGACUUGAUAGUACGUAUUGUACUUUGUUUAGAAAAUUGAUGGUGUGAUCGAUUGUGAUGAAGUUAGUUUGAAUUACGAUAAAGGAAAAACUUGAUCGAUCGAGCACAUGGCGAGCGAGUCGGCAGAUUUCCGGCCACGCGGGGGGGUGCUAAAACAAGUGUUUAACUGCGGAACUAAAUAAGGGUAGAAGCGCAGAGAGAGAAGGGGUGAAGAAAGCGCAGGGGGUCGCAGUGAGAGGCGAGAGGGGACAAGGCGGGAGAGAACAGAACCCUUUUAGUAAUAUCUAAACUUAAUUGUAACUAUUAACGAUACGUACGACUGUGGUAGCUAUGCUAGUACCUGCUAUUGUUAAAGUGAGAAAGAGGGAGAGAGAGAGAGAGAGAGCGAGAGGAAGAGCGAGAGGUGUUUGAGAGAAAGAGAGAGUGAGUCGAUGGAGAGGGAUGAAUCGCGACUUUUGAGGUUUGAUUCGCGGCGGAAGACCUGGAAAUUAUCAUCUUCCUGGAUGACAGAGGGACCUAGGGAACCUGUGGUCGUCGGUUUUCCGUAGGAAUGAACAAGUUUCGGAGCAUGAUCGAUGGAUCGCGUCGGGACACGGAGGAUCGGCGUUUGUCGCGCCGAUUAUUUUUCUAAUCUUUGUAAUCGAACGAAACGGCGAUGAAAUUUAACGAGGAAUUCUUGAUGCGACCAGACGGAAAUCACAGGGACAAGUUUUGUCGCGCUUUGAUUAUUUAAUCCUCCGGCGUCUCGACGCAUUGCGAUCGCGAGAAAAAGAGAGAAUCGUGGAAUGGAUAAUGGAUCAGGGGAAGGACGAGAGACAAAUGGAGCAAACGUUGCAAUAAGUUGCGAAUCAAAUGCGGAUCUCGGUUCGAGACGAGAGGCUCAGCUCAGCGAAGAAUCAAACACACAAACACGAUGUAUACUCUUGAAGUGAAACCAAAAACGAAAUGAAAGAGGAUGGAAGGGAGAGGGAUUCUGAAUAGAGCUAAAACGGCGGUAGGAGCGCGAGAUGGCGAGAGGAAGACAAGGACGCAGAGGGAGGAGGAGGGCCAGUGGAAAAAAAUGAGUGGAAUCUAGAGCAUACAUUGAGAUACACAAAAGAUAAACAUAUAGUAUUAUACGAUUAAAAUACGAUUGUAAUGAAACACUUUGUAAGCAAGGAAACAAACAAAAAAAAUUACGCAUAGUUUUCCAUAAUCUGUAAUGGAUGUAUUCGUUAACAAAAAAAAAAAAAAAAAAUAAUAAGAUGACGAAAGGUUAAGAUUAAUACACACGUACAUAGGGACACUUGUACACGUACAUACACGAAGACACACACUGCUAACCGUUCGAAGUUAACUCGGGUACACGACACACAAGAACUAAAUAGGGGGAAAAAAAGAACAAAAAAAGUAAUCUAAUAAAUAAUAACACACGAAGUAACAUGACGACAUAACAAACGGUAAAUCUGUCUCUUUAAAGUAUCAUGUGUCUAUAAACUAUAGUGAUCGAUAUUGUCUUUUUAACCGUAAAUGGAGAAACAAGUAAUUGUGGUAACGUAACUAAUGUCAUAGCGAUAACCGAACACUGCAAUAUUAGAUAUAAUAUAUAUUCAUACAUUUAUAGAAAGGGGAGAAGUGACUGGAAUUCAAUGGGCGACGGUAGCGAAAAUUCGUGCGUGGCUCUGACACGCACUCGAUUAAAAGGGGAAGAAGAGAGGAAAAAAAAAGAUAGAAAAAUAUAACAGAGAAAAACCAUUCGAUGUAACUGGAAACGUUGUGUUAUCGGUUCGUUCUCACUUUUCCUCUUUGUCCAAAGCUGAGCGAACCAAAAACAACAAAAAAAAAAAGAAAGAAAGCGAAA